UCUCGGAUACGGAAGUUACUUUGGGAAUAUUAAAGACGCAUGGCAAACUUGUGGAAAAUGUCCCAGCACGGUACCAAGAAAAGAAAAUUAGAUAGGAGUACAGAGGAUUACGUUUACUUUGACAGCUACUCCGAUGUCACCAUUCACGAAGAGAUGAUUGCAGACACAGUGCGCACUAACACCUACAGAAUGGGCAUUUUAAAAAACAGUAAGUCAAUAGAAGGGAAAGUGGUGCUUGAUGUGGGAGCCGGUACCGGCGUCCUGAGCUUAUUCUGUGCACAAGCGGGUGCCAGGAAGGUUUAUGCAGUCGAGGCGAGCUCGAUCGCCGAUCAGGCUGUGAGGAUCGUAAAACUGAAUCAGAUGGAGGACACAAUCGAAGUCAUUAAAGCCGCACUAGAAACGAUCGAACUGGCCGAACAGGUGGAUGUGAUUGUCAGCGAAUGGAUGGGCUACGCGCUCCUCCACGAAUCCAUGCUGAACUCUGUGAUCUUCGCCAGGGAUAAGUGGCUCAAACCCGGCGGCCUUAUAUUACCGUCCCGGGCGGAUCUUUACAUAGCUCCCAUAAACGAUCUGGUGGUGGAGGGCAGAUUGAAUUUCUGGAGCACCGUCAAAGCACAGUACGGCGUGGACAUGUCCUGCAUGACCGACUUUGCCAGGAAGUGCAUCAUGAACAAAGACAUCACUGUGAAUCCGGUGACGGUGGAGGAUGUGCUCUCCCAUCCGUGCAAGUUUGCCGAGCUGGAUUUGAACACGGUCACGCUGGAGCAGCUCAGAGAUGUGAGGGGCGUGUUCAGCUGCCGGUGCUUCGGCUCGUCCUCCAUCCACGCCUUUUGCGUGUGGUUCACGGUGACUUUCCCCGCUGACGAGAAGGCCCUGGUGCUCUCCACGUCUCCGUUCAAGCCUGAGACUCACUGGAAACAGGCUGUUCUGUAUUUGGAUGAUGCUGUGGAUGUGAUGCAGGACACUAAAGUCGAGGGGGAGAUCAGUUUGUAUCCCUCCGAGGAGAAUUCUAGACAUAUAUGCAUCCGUGUGGACUAUGUGAUAGGUGAACAGAAAAAGCUCUCCAAAAACUUUUCUAUUCCUGAUCAGUAUUUAGAAGUUAAAUAGAGAUGUGGCCGUUAUUUAUUUUUAGUUAUUUCCCUAGUGAGAGGAAUGGAGAGAGUGUGGAGUCCAGUAUGGAGAGUCAGUAUAAGGACAUUGUUGGAAGUCCAUUUGCUGCCAUAGAGCCUAAGGUGUAUUCUGUCCAUGCUCAUUUAUUUAUAGUGAUAAACACUGCUUUUACCAAUAUGCAAUUUACAUUAAAGUUGCCUAAACACAUUUCAUGAAGGCUAGGUCCUAAAUGGUGCAUUGCUUUUUCUCAAUCUUAACAUAGACACCAUGCAAAGUCAUGACUGAUUGGAAUUUUAUACGGCUUGAUCAGGUGGACAUUUGUGGCCUCGGAGUCCAUUCAAAGCUAAUUUCUUAGUUGUUGUAUGUAUAAGCUUAAGCUCAAUUACCUAUUGACCCAAUCAUCAUUAAUCGUGUUAUUAACUGUGAUUUGGAUUAUCAUUGAAUGCAGUUCAGAUGCAGGCAGUUACCAAUCCUCGAAAUCCCCAGGAGUGAUAAGUACACUCAUCUUCUUUGUAUUUAUGCAAGCUCAUGUUGUUAUGUCAUGAUUAAUUGGAGCACUGUGUCAUUAACACGCUUUCAGAGCCACACUUGAUUUUAUGUAUUCCAUUUAAUACCCGUAGAUCAAAAAAAAAUCUUCCCAUAUUUAAAAAUUAAAUGCAUUUCCAUCUAAUUGAAUCUUGCUAUUAAUAGCUGUGUAGUCAGUAAGGAGCAAAUUAAAUCAGAGCUGUGUCUCUGUCUCCUAGACAGCCUCAAUGAGUUUUAUCCACAAAGGCAUAUCAUUUUAUCCAAUACAUCCCCCUGGUAUGUUAAUGAUGAUACUGUAAAUAAACCAGGAGAAAUCAUUUGCCGCCUGCCAGUUACAGUAACCAAUAUUUUUGAUUUGUGAGAAGACAAAUUGGCAGCAUGUUAUUGACAAAUCCUAAUUUAGAAGACCAGAUCCCACGGCACUGGGCGGAUCUUCAUGGCCAAGUGACAAUUUGUCAUCAUUAUCAUUAGCAGGCCGGUUUGCUUUCAUUAACAUACUAAAAUAAGCCACAGUGACAGAAGGUCUCUCAUGGAGAGAUAUCUACCCUCGCACAGUCCUUAAAAGGCACUAGAUUUAAUGAACGGCAGCUAAAAACAAAUUUUAAUUUUGUUGGGUUAUGUUUACGGUAGAUUUGGAGGCUUUGUGUUUUUUAUGUUUUGAUGAGAUCAGUUUUAGAGGAACAUCAUCUGCUGCAGUGAAUAUUUCCAUGUCAAUAAACUUGAAUAUGAAAAUUCA